CUGUGACAUAACAGAAGCGGGGAGCAUAGAAAGGCUCGAGGCGGCGUUGGCGCGCCAGCAUUGCUCGGAACCAGCUUCCGCUUGCGGAAGUGACCGUCAGGACACAGUUCGCCCCGACGCUCGUCUGGCAGGUCAUGGCCACGGCACAGCGAUAAAGGUGUGUCAAAGGAAAGAAAAAGACUCCAACGAAUGAUGAAGAAGGAUAUUAACUUGAGUCUGACCGACACAGACAUGAAACCGCACCUUCGCGACGUUGACGGCAUCCUUGGCUCUUCGGACUUGGGGCUCCUCAAACUGUCCUCGCCGGACCUGGAGCGGCUUAUCAUCCAGUCCAACGGGACGCCGACCAGCUCCCACUUCCUGUACCCGAAGCCCGUAACGGACGAGCAGGAGUUCGCCGAGGGCUUCGUGAAGGCGUUGGAGGACCUGCACAAGCAGAACCAGGAGCCGACGAACGAGACUUUGGACCUGGGCGCCAGUAUCAACAUCGGCCCGGUUACGACGCAGCUGGAGCUGCCCGUGUAUACCAACCUGAACAGCUACGGCAGCGGGCCUUUGGGGACCACCGUCAACUACUCAACGGACACGGUGCCUUUCCCAGCCCCGCCUCACCAUUUGGGCGCAGCGCCGUCGGCGGAGCCCCCGGAGCUCUCCAGCCGAGUGCAGCCGCCCAAGGAGGAACCUCAGACGGUGCCGGACGUGCAGAGCUUCGGGGAGAGCCCGCCGCUGUCUCCCGUCGACAUGGACUCACAAGAGCGUAUCAAGGCCGACAGAAAGAGGCUCCGGAACCGGAUCGCCGCUUCCAAGUGUCGCAGGCGCAAGCUGGAGCGGAUCUCCAGGCUGGAGGACAAGGUGACGACGCUGAAGAACCAAAACACCGACUUGGCUUCUACGGCCAAUGUCCUCAGAGAGCAAGUGGCUCAGCUCAAGGAGAAAGUCCUCAACCACGUCAACAGCGGCUGUCAGCUACUACCACGGGAGGUUCAGGUGCACUAGAGCAACCUUUCAAAUCUCACGACACACCGCACAACAAAAAGAUCACUACAAGUAUUGAAACUGAACAAAUGAUAAUUGAUCAUAACUAUUAUUAUUAUGUCAUUUGAAUUCAAACAAAUUACUUGUACCUACUGCCAAUAUGGAUUUAAAAUGCUAACUUGGUACCUCCAAGUGUUCAGAGAAAAAAACAAGGCAGAGGUUUUAUUCCUAAAAAGUACACAUAUGUAAGCCACUGUAUACACUUUGAACAUUAAGACAAGCAACAACAGGUCGACAUGCAGGUAAAAUGUAGUACCUUCUCUUAUCUAGUGCAGUGAUUCUCAAAGUGUGGUACAAGUACCACUGGUGGUACGCAAGGUCUCUCUAGCGGUACCGAAAAUUCUUCCCAAGUACAGUUCACUCAUGUUUAGCUUUUUAGUACAAUAAUUUGCAUUUCGUCUUUAAGAGCUGGUUUUUUUUAAGCAUUUAUUUUGGUACAGUUAUAAUUUAACUUAUGUGCAAUACAUGGUAGUUUUCAUCAUUAAACUACAGUUUUCUUAGUUUCCUAUAUAAACAAAGUGUGAUGUUCAAACUGCAUAAUGCUACAGUGAUUUGCAAUAGGCUUUACACGAUCAGGAUUUUUGGGACCGAUCACCCAUCAGCGAGUUUAAAAAAACAAUUACCGAUCACCGAUCCGAUCACAAGAUGGAGCAAUGUGUCUAUUUAAAUGACUUGUUCAUUUACUGUAUAUACUUGUGUACUGUAUACUGAGUGUCUUCAAAAGUGUUCUCUAUUCAGGUCAUGUAUUCUAAUCAGUCAGAUCAAACCAACAUUACAAAAUGAACGAAAUAAUGGGUGCUAACUUACUGUAAUUCUAUUACUUUACACACACCGAAACUUUACUGCAUAAUUCGACAUAACGCCGGCAUGUUUACGUACAACCGUUAGUGCUAGCACUAGCUUGCUAGGUUACAUAACUUUUGUGGCCUGCUUGCGAGCGGUAUCGUAUUAAAAGUCAGUGAACAUACCUCAAGAAAUCCUUGAAUGAAAGUCCUGUCCCGAGCACCGGUGACCACCGGCACACGUUUUUCCCAAUUUUGUUCCUAUAAUACACACGAUGCGAUCUAUUGUUGUUGUCGUCACCAUGGUAACGAGUGUAUCCAGUCGCAUUUGAGUUGACAAGAUAAAGCCCAGUGAUCGUAAAGACGGGAUGCGGUGGUAUCAGAAUACAAGAUUUUAUUGCAGAAGUCUGACACACAAAUCUGAAAUUUGACUUGUAGUCUGGUCUGGGCAUUAUGUGUUGUCUCUCCCACACUGCCGAUAUGUUUUAAAAAAAUUUUUAAAAUAACUUUAUUGGUUGUCAGAUAUUUACAGAACUACGUCAAAAGACAUGCAACAAGGCUAAAAAUAAACUAGCUUUUGGAUUCAAAUAUACUGUACACGAUGGCGACAUGGAGUAAAUGUGUUUUGGGGAGCGAUUGGCUCUGCGAAUUAUGACAUUAAAGCCGAUCAGCAUAAAAUGAUAAUUAUCAGCCGAUCAGAUCGGUGUAAAGUCUACUUUGCAAUAGUCUUACAUGUAAAUUUAUAAAACUGCCUUGUUUUGAUGAGCACUUAGGCCAACUGCACUGCUGUAUUUUAAUGUUGGUCAUGAUGGUGGUGCUUGGAGAGCUAUGUUUUUUUUUUUUUUUAGGUGGUACUUGGUGUCAAAGGCUUGAGAACCACUGAUUAGUAGAAGAGCAUUGAAGUGUUUUGCCUGUCUAUAUAUCUCUCGCAUAGAUGGUUCAACAAAAAUACGUUGUAAGUGAACAGUUAUUUUUUACGGAAGCGUAUUGCAUUCACUUGGAUUCAAAAAAACAAAAAACAAAAAAAAAUAAUAAAACAUUUCUGAGUAAUUUUUUUGAAGGCUUUGUUUUUGUUUUUUUGAGUAUUUUUCUGUUUUUCUGAGUAUUUUUUUCUGUUUUUCUGACUAAUUAUUUUUCUGUUUUUCUGUCAAAUUCCCCCCGCCCUGUUUCAUGACUCCCCCCCCCUGUUUUUCUGAGUAAUUUCUUUCCUGUUUUUCUUAGUAAUCCCCCCUGUUUUUCUGACUAUUUUUCUUCUGUUUUUCGGACUAUUUUUUUUCCACCUUUUUUUUCCUGAGUUAUCGGGACACAUCGAACUCACGCGAGAACCUGCAAACUGCAAGUGACUCCUUGCUAGUAAGCAACAUGACCGGCUUAUUUAGUUUGAUCAAGUUUAAUUUGAUAUGGGUUUAAGACACAGGGAGAUAGUCCUUUCGGAUUUACAUAGAUGGUAUUGUCAUUGGAAAAAAAAUUGUCAGAAAAACAGUGGGGUGGAAUUAGACAGAAAAACUGAGAAAAAUAGUCAGAAAAACAAAAAAAAUAUUCAAAAAAACAAAACCCUCAAAAAAAUUACUCAGAAAAACAGGAGUUUUUGUUUUUUCCAAGUGAAUGCAAUACGCUUCCAUAAUUUUUGGACCUAUUAAGGGAAAUUGGAUAAUUCCCUUCCUCCGUGUCACUGCACAAGACAAGCCUGAAAAGCCCCUUGGUCCAGAAACAUUCAGCAGUGUACAGUCUGUGUUGUGCAAUGUUUUCACUGGACUUCAUGUAUCACAAGGCAGCUUUAUUAAUGAAUUUGGGUUUUUUAAAAAAGGCGCUUAUCAUAUAUGGUCAAACGUCAAACAAAAGGUGCUUUUGUGUGUUUUUUUCAAUAUAUAAGUUGUGUACUGUGCACUUGAGACAUUGGCUCUGAGGACAAUACAUCCAUUCACAUUUGCAGGAUUUACAGUCAAAUAUGUACUCUUCAUGAUCACAUUAGGUGCACCUGUACAAUACAUGGAAAAUACAUCAGGCUGCACAUGCAGCCACGCUCAGUUAUCAUUGUACUUACUACUACGUGAUACAAAUAUUUACUGUAAUUAUUACUCUUACUGCGUUAGCCUAUGACUUAAGUCCUAAUGAAGGACCCCCUGGGCAGGAACUUUAUCUUUGCAAAUAAUAUUACUCUAAAGGUAUUGAUUUAACAAUACGUUUAUUAUCGUGAAUGUGGUGUACAGUGGUCUAGAAAUGCACUGUAUCAUACUGAGAUUUAUUCAUUUGACCCUCCACCCAGUAUGUUGCACUGCACACCAUUGUGUAUUGGAUCACAUUACAUUGUCCAGGUGCACAUGUUGAAGUGUGUCUGUUUGCAUGUUGUUGACAAACUCGAAUGUAGCCAACAGCUGAGUGUCACAUUGUGCAAUUAAUUAGGUGUGUCUGGCAUGUCAUGCAGUCCUCAAGUUUUCUAUUUCAGCGCAGCGUUUGGGAUGACAUCCAGAGCCCACAGUUAAUAGUCUUGUGAAAUAAAUUAUGCUCUAUUAAA